AUGGAGUAUAUAAAUACCGAGUUUAUUAUAGUAUCAAUACACGGCGCACACGGAAGGCACGGACUAGAUACGUCAAUCGAAGUGGGAAAUCUUUUAAGGUAAGUACUCGCUCGCUCAAAGACACACAUCUAGAAAUGCGGAACCUAAAAAAGUCAAGAGCAAGUUAAUAUGUGCUUUUGUAAAGUCGAAGUAAUUUUUUUACUGCCUUUACUGAGACAAAAAAAGGGAAAGCACUCCACUAAUGCUGAAUUAGAAUAGCGAGGAAGUUCAACUGGCCGCAACGACUUAGUUUCUUAUCAUGCCUCUGUUUCUUACUCAUUCUCAAAUUUCAAUAGAAAAGACCCUCGGGUUGCUCAAAAGAUGGUUAACCGCUAAGUUGAACCAAAACUUAGGCCAAUUCUAAACCAUUAAAAAAAUGUUCUCAUACGCUAAGUUGAACCAAAACUUAGGCCAAUUCUAAACCAUUAAAAAAAUUUUCUCAUACGAACAAUAUGCGAUUGGAGUCUAUAAAGUACCGUCGAACCUUAAUUCAGAGACCCAGUUACGGUAAGUUAAAAUGCCAGUCUCAAACAAUUCAUGUAAAAAUUUAAUCUCAGUCUUGGGUUUAAACGUUAGUGUUCGGAGUUCGUUCAGUGGCAUUCCAGCAACUGGGUCUAAUAAACAUUAAAAAAUAUGCAUUCUUUUGUUGCAAGGUACUUCCAUUAUUUCCCAGCCGAAAGGUAUACAUACACUUUACAGUUAGUGAAGAGAUAACAUUAACCCCGAUAUUUAAAAGCUAGCACACGUUUAGAUAGCUGCUGCUGUCUAAGGAGACUUUUAUCAACGGUAGGAAAAUGGGGUGCCGUACAAACGAAAAAACUGAGAGUUGACUAAAAACUAGACAGUAGAAAUAAUUAAUGAAACAAAAUUGUAAAUCAUCUCAGUCUGUAAAUGGGAUCCUGAUCAUGAUAUAGUAUGCUUUCCAUGUGGGCUUUUUCAUUAUAAUAAUUAUAGAUAGAAAAAGACCUCAAAAAUAUUACGAUAAUACGAGAAACAAAAUCCUCUUUGUCGUUUUUUCUUUUUCUGGGCGAUGUCUUCAUUCAGUAAGAUGUAUCACUAAGUUUUGUUUCUUAUAAUUAUCGGUGCAAAGUUCGUCCUUUACUUGUGGAGUGUAACACCUCUUUGCACAGGAAGAGUUGAGAACAGAUUGGUGAUGCCUUUCUUUUAUCCUUUUUAUUAAAAUGAAGCAUAAUUUUGUAUAAAAAAUUCUAGCUCGGUUAAUGCAAUUGUUACUGACGCAAUGAAAUCGCAGCUUUAUUUUAGAGUAAAAAAUUUAGGCUUUUGUUAUCUCUAUUUUAUUAUAAAGUCAAAUACAACAAAACCACAGAAGUAAAUUUUUAGAAUUAAGAAAUAAAAAAACGUGGGGCAUACAAUCAGGUGAAAAAGACGAUCUUGGGUAUGGUAUGCCAACAAACCUCUCUCUGAAUUUUGAUUUUAUUUUUUUGUCGAAGUGGUUGAUUAUAGAUUUAUUUUUGGGGUGUGAACUAUUUGACACGAGUCUCAGUUUAAAACAUAACCCAACUCGAACAGGGUUUACCUCCAACAUUUUCGUCAACUGAAAGCAAAGUCAGAUUUAAUAACCUUCCUAUACCAAAUUGAUGUUUCGAUUGAGUCGAGUUAAAAUCAGUGCGCGAGUUUCCAUAUUCUUUGAAUUUUGAAGAGUAGGCCAAGCCCAGUGACAUUACAAAGAAUUAUACCUGUAUAUGCAGUGAAAAAUAGGUCAGCAAAUCGAAUUAUAGACGUGCGUGUAGGAAGAAGUAAGAGAGGGAGCUGAAAUUUAAGGCAGCGAAACAUUUUUAGCGCAAUUCUACUGCUGUUUGAGAGUAGUAAUCUUUUACAGGGGGGUAAAUUACGAUGGCAAAGAUCGUCUUGUAAACCCACUCCCUUCCCAGGGACAAAUACGUUAAACCAAACAUGUUUUGGCAAUAACCAGAAGUCAUUCAGGCAUUUUGUUGCUGAAAGAAGCUGGUGGGUGUAAUCUUGACCACAGAAACCAAGUAAUAAAGUUUGUCAAGCUCGUAAAAAGGUGUCGGGGUAAGCUGACGAAUUUCUGCGGCGACAGCUGCUUUUCAAGACAAAAAAAAAUAAAACGAAAAUCCAAAUUGGCAGGCCGAAAUUUUCAAUAAUUAAAACAAAAAUGGUAUUCGAUUGAAAACGUAAAUGCAUAUAUCACUAACGUCGUUUUAGAAUGCUGGAAUUGCUUGCUGACAUAUUUGUAUCUAUUAGCGGUCAACAUAUUAAAAUUAAGAAUUUCUCUUUGUGACGGACUGAAAUACAAUUAAAAUAUCAAAAGGUAAUAUCCUAAACUGUAGUAUAAAGAGAUAAUUGUAUUGAUAUGAAAGUGAAAAGCACGAAAGUUUCAGGUGAAAGCAAAUAUAGAAAGCAGGUUCCUAUCUUUGGUGAAACUAUUCGGCCUGCACAUUUUUUAAACUGCGGGGGUUUGUUCCUGAACGAUAAAAAGCCCUACGAUAGUUUCUUUUGCUGACGAAUUAAGGUACUAAUUGGCGUGUUUUGAGAUUUUACAAGCUUGUAAUUGUCUAUACUUCUGUCGAUUAAGUUGUGACCGCCAUACUCUUCUUUUCACCAAUCAACGCUUACCAUAACCACCAAAAAGUGAAAACUCGUUAAAAGAAGACCUUACUUAUGUGGACUGGUGUUAAAUUUAUCUGAUAUACGACGGGGCACCUAUCAGAUUCCUUAGAAAAGAAGUGACAGUGUUUGGCGAUAUGUAAUCGAAAUAGACGCCUUCAAAAGCGAGCGAACAUUCAACGCUAUUCAGUAAACUGUGUACAAAAGGAACUAGCACGAUUGUACAAGGUGAGCCUGACAAAGGUUAAUUUUACUGGCCUAAACUAGUCCAAUUAACAUAUAAGAUCGCGUUCUGUGCCAUCAUAUCUUUGAAGAAAAUAAUCAUGUUCUUCUUUUUUUUAUAUAAAUUAUUUCAACCUGUAUAUAGCCACAUAUCUUACAAAAAAGUGGAAAUCUUCGAUUUCUUUCUUCACGCAUUUACCGUUAAUAGUUGGACCAAGGUUCCUGAAAUUGGGCUUUCCUACAGCCCCUGAAUACGUGAAUGGUCCAAAGUGUGAUGAAACAAAACUGAUCUUCUUGGUCACUGGAUGUUUUCAAAGACUGCCACUUUAUUUUCGUGAUCCUUUUUGUGAUAGCUUGGUUUAUUGGUAAAUUGUGGAUCCCUCACCCCCUCCUCUACCAAAAGAAAAAGAAGUAACUUCCAUUCAGAGUCAGAUAAGUUUCAGUUUUGUUACAUUAAAGGAACAGGAGUAAAUGUUCAUUGUUAAAUUUUGUUUAUGUUACAUUAUUUUUUUAAUACAGUACGUAAGUAGAUUUUCUGGUAUCAUCAUAUGCAUUUAAAAGCUUCAAGGAUUUGAAAAAACACGUUUUCUCACCAUGUUUGCGUUCAGUUUCUUGUUCGCUUUUUUGUCGACUUUUGUUCAAACUAAUAUUCUUUACCUUUACAGCUUGUCAACAAAAUGUCUACUUGUGGUUUGCUAAUUAUCAUUUUCUUUUUGAUUCCAUUUUUUUUUUUUAAUAAUCCGGUUGGUGCUAAGUGGAUUGGUGCAAACUAGUCACACUUUCAAGUUUUCAGACAUAACAAUUUCUGGCUGCAAAGGAAAACUUCCACUUCACACUUGCCGCCGGUUAAUUGUUGAGAACUAAAGGAAUACUCAAACAAGUCUCAUAUGCAUGCUGUAGUUUACCGUCAAAUAAAAUGAAUCAGAAUUUUAGUAUAAAGACAUCAUCCCUAGAGAGCAUCGCACUUGUACCCUGCUUUUGAUGUAAGAAUUAAGGAGCAUAAAGACGCUGAUCAUUUUAAAAGCAGAAGACAUGUAUUUUAAAAAUUCUUGCAACUAUUCCUUUUCGAAAAAUUACUGUUUUGACAAUACCACCAUAAAACAAUCUUUCAAAUAAAAUAAACGGCAACGGCUUUAAAACCUAUUGUCAAUUCAGAAUGACUAUAUUUUUUUGAUUAAGAGAUCUUUAGUCCGUAAUUAGGAUUGAAAAAAGUAUAGUUGGCUUUUAUCAGAAGGCAAUGCGCAUGUUUUCAGAAAGCACUGCGUAGGGAAAAAAGUUCGCUUUUUUCAACGGUAUUUAUUAUUCAAUAGUAAGAUCAGUACUAGUACUGAAUAUCGUUUUAAAAAAAGAUUUCACCGACUGAAUUAAAAUGCAACAAUAAGAAGUAAACAUUUUUUGGAAAAUUCGUGGUUUGCCGUUUUGGCAAAUAGUGCUCAAAAUGCUGUGGUGUUGUCGGUCACAUCCAAACUUUUGCAAAGAAUCGUGCUGAUGAAACACAGUUGUUUGGGUGAGUUGCAACAUGUUUAAAGAAGAAAUCACUAUCCCGCUGCGUAGCAUACAUAAAUCGAAUAUGAAUUGAGUAAUAUUUUGUGAGGAAAUUAUUUUUUCUGACGCAAUGAGUGAAAAGACUCAAUGAUCGUUUGUCACUGAAGCGCGAUGCAUUACUGUUAUUCAUCACUUUCACAAAGUUCAGGAUCAAGGUUUGUGUGACGUGUCCCCUCGCAAUCUCUGCUCCAAACAGCGACAAUUUUUGGCAACUUUUUUUUCCCUUAACUGGCUCUCACAAGGCUGAGAAGCGCACGGGAAAUUAUGUUUUGCUAGGAACUGUUCCUUUAAAAACCAAAUUUAGCAGUUACACUUUCAAUUCAUUGGCCUACCAUUUCAGUUGCAAUUACUCACUCUAACAGCUCCACGAAGCAAACAGAACACUAAGCGAAUCACUCGUCCAGGAGAAUUUGAACGCUUGAUUAGUGGUUAUAGACCAAGUUGUACAUAUACUUUUAUUUCGGAUAAAAGUACUAGAAAAGUUGCAAAGUCGUCUGAAUUGAUACGGCUUGCUUGCGAUUUCGUGCGAAUAGCGCAUCCAAGGCAUUACAACCAAUGGACAGUCUGGCCUACCAGAAUAAAUAUUAAUGGUAGGGUUUACGUCAAAUGUUGUUGUAGGGCUUACAUCAAAUAUUAUUGUAAAAAGUCUGGUGAAGAAACGUUUAGUGACUGCAUAAUUGAAAUGUCCCAUCGUUUCUUUUCCCUCAGAAAAAUGACUUGGAUACUUCUCAGCAGUAUAGCAAUCCUGGUUCUUUCACAACAAGCCACAUGCAAGCCUCUGAGCAGACAAAGAAGGGCCUGGGAAUCUGACUGUCCCCCGGGGGUCUGGGGAUGUAAACGCGCCUUAUUGGCAAUCAAACAGAGAGUUGACCACGAUUGCCCUCCUGGGGUCUGGGGUUGCAAGAAAGAUGUGAUUAUAGACCAGGACGACAAUUGUCCUCCAGGGGUAUGGGGCUGUAAACGUGGAAUGAAAGCUACGAAUAACGACUGUCCACCAGGAGUCUGGGGUUGCAAAAGAGGGCUUUUUGGUUCUGUAAAAAAUUGGUACACGUCUUCCCAAAAAGGUCAAGGCAGAAGCAAACGUUCAGUUGAAGAUACAAAAGAAGAUUGUCCCCCUGGAGUGUGGGGGUGCAAACGGGAAAACAAGAAAGAAGAGAAAGGGGAAGAAGGAUGUCCGCCAGGAGUCUGGGGCUGUAAACGAGAAACGGAAACGAAAAAAGCCGAAGAUGACUGUCCACCAGGAGUCUGGGGCUGCAAACGAGAAACGGAAACGACAAAGACCGAAGAUGAUUGUCCACCGGGGGUCUGGGGCUGCAAACGGGAAACGGAAGCAACAAAGACCAAAGAUGAUUGUCCACCAGGGGUCUGGGGCUGCAAACGAGAAAAAGUACCAGAAAUGAAAGAUAAAAAAGCUGACAUAACUUCUAAUGACUGCCCGCCUGGUGUCUGGGGCUGUAAACGAGAGAAUUGA